AUGACAAAAAAAAGAACUACAACAACAACAGCAACUACUACUACUACAACAAUUACAACAGAGAAACAACAACAACAAGGUAAUAGUGUUAUAAAAAAGGUAUUAAAAACGUCAGCCAACGUAUCAAAGAAAUCAUUAUCAUCAAUUAGAUCGGUAUUAAGACAUGUACCAAUAAAGAAGCCACCACAAGUUGUAAGAUGGGAUUUUUUAGGAGUAGGAUUAUCAUAUUUAUGGGGUAUGAUAAAUAGAAAAACAUUACCAGUAUUCAUGAGAAAACCAUUAUAUCAAGCAUGGAUUAAUAUAUUUAAAUGUAAUCAAGAUGAAAUACCCGAACCAUUAGAUAGUUAUCCAUCAUUAGCGGAUUUCUUCUCAAGAGAGAUUAUUCAAGGUGCAAGACCAAUUCAUUCGGAUCAAGGUACAGUCAGUCCUGUUGAUGGUCGUGUUUUAGCUUGUGGUGAAAUCGUUGGUGACCAAGUUGAACAAGUCAAAGGUGUGACUUAUUCAAUCUCUCAUUUCUUAGGUUGUGAUCCACAAACACUUUUAAAAAAUAAAAAUUCAAAAUUAUUUCAUUGUAUUUUAUAUCUAUCUCCAGGUGAUUAUCAUAGAAUUCAUUCUUCUGAAGAUUGGACAAUUGAAAAUCGUCAUCAUUUUCCAGGUACAUUAUUCCCAGUUAAUAAAGCAUUUUUAAAAUUAAUUCCAAGUUUAUUCGCAUUGAAUGAAAGAAUUGUUUUAACUGGUGAAUGGAAAGAAGGAUUUUAUUCAAUGACAGCAGUUGGUGCAUAUAAUGUUGGAUCAAUCUCUUUGAAUUUUGAUCAAGAAACUCAAACCAAUUGUAUAACUCGUGAUUUUAGAUGCAAAAAUUUAGAAUAUUUCUCUUGGGGUGGUGUUGGUAGUCAUAGUUAUGAUGUCAAUUAUGAACAACCUAUCCCACAAGAAAGAGGUCAAGAAAUUGGUCAAUUCCAUUUAGGUAGUACUGUAGUUUUAAUUUUUGAAGCAAACGAUUUCCAAUUUAAUGUUAAACAAGGUGAUUAUUGUAAAAUGGGUUCUUUAAUUGGUAAAUGUAAAUAA